AUGUCCGCCACGAUAGCCCGCGCCGAGGAGCAGCAGAAUGGGAGCACUGUCGAACUCAAAGAUGACACCGUCAUUGUGGUACUAGGUGCCUCUGGUGACCUUGCGAAGAAGAAGACUUUCCCAGCUCUUUUUGGACUUUUCCGCAACAAGUUCCUCCCCAAGGGGAUCAAGAUCGUCGGAUAUGCCCGCACAAAGAUGGACCACAAUGAAUACCUUAAGCGAGUGCGCUCAUACAUCAAGACUCCCACGAAGGAAAUCGAAGAACAGCUGAACAGCUUCUGCGAGCUUUGCACAUACAUCAGCGGCCAAUAUGACCAGGAUGACUCCUUCAAGAACCUCGCAAAGCACCUUGAGGAGAUUGAGAAGGACCAGAAGGAACAGAACAGAGUCUUCUACAUGGCGCUUCCCCCCAGCGUUUUCACCACAGUCUCAGAGCAGCUGAAGCGCAACUGCUACCCAAAGAACGGCGUCGCUCGUAUCAUUGUCGAGAAACCCUUCGGCAAGGACCUUCAGAGCUCUCGCGACCUUCAGAAAGCCCUCGAGCCUAACUGGAAGGAAGACGAGAUCUUCCGUAUCGACCACUAUUUGGGCAAGGAGAUGGUUAAGAACAUUCUUAUUAUGCGCUUUGGCAACGAGUUCUUCAACGCCACUUGGAACCGUCAUCACAUCGACAACGUUCAGAUCACAUUCAAGGAGCCCUUCGGUACGGAAGGCCGUGGUGGAUACUUCGAUGAAUUCGGCAUCAUCCGUGAUGUUAUGCAGAACCACCUUCUGCAGGUCCUGACGCUGCUUGCCAUGGAGCGCCCCAUCUCCUUCUCCGCUGAGGAUAUCCGUGACGAGAAGGUUCGCGUUCUUCGCGCCAUGGACCCCAUUCAGCCCAAGGAUGUCAUCAUCGGUCAGUACGGCAGAUCACUGGAUGGCAGCAAGCCUGCCUACAAGGAGGACGACACCGUCCCCCAGGACUCUCGCUGCCCCACAUUCUGUGCCCUGGUCGCUCACAUCAAGAACGAGCGAUGGGAUGGUGUUCCUUUCAUCAUGAAGGCGGGUAAAGCCCUCAACGAGCAGAAGACCGAGAUUCGUAUCCAGUUCAAGGACGUGACUUCCGGCAUCUUCAAGGACAUCCCCCGCAACGAGCUUGUCAUCCGCGUCCAGCCCAACGAGUCCGUUUACAUUAAGAUGAAUUCGAAGCUUCCUGGACUUUCCAUGCAGACAGUGGUCACUGAGCUGGAUCUCACCUACCGUCGCCGAUUCUCCGACCUCAAGAUCCCCGAGGCCUACGAGUCCUUGAUUCUGGAUGCCCUUAAGGGAGAUCACUCCAACUUCGUCCGUGACGACGAGCUCGAUGCUAGCUGGAGGAUGUUCACUCCUCUGCUCCACUACCUUGACGACAACAAGGAGAUCAUUCCCAUGGAGUACCCCUACGGCUCCCGCGGACCUUCCGUCCUUGACGACUUCACCGCGUCCUACGGCUACAAGUUCAGCGAUGCUGCGGGCUACCAGUGGCCCUUGACGCACACUGGGCCUAACAGGCUUUAG